AUGGAUAACGCAAACGCUUCUCCCUCUCCUUCCCGUUGGUUUCGGGUUUUAAGAAGGUUAGUGACAGUAGCUGUGGAAACAAGGAAAUCCUCCACCUCAUCUUUAUGUGAAGAAACUCUCAAAAAAUCUAGAGAGGCAUUUGCUUCUGGGACAACCAAGACUUGUUCAUUUAGAAUUCAACAGCUACAAGCCAUACUGGAGAUGCUGGACAGACACGAAAAGGAGUUCAUCACAGCACUAGAAGAAGAUAUGCACAAGCCCAGGUUUGAAACUGUUUUAUCAGAAAUCACAACUGUAAGGAAUGAGGCCAUUUAUGCUAUAAACAACCUGGAAAAAUGGAUGAAGCCAGAGCCAGUGCAAAAAAAUAUGGCUUCCCUCCUAGACAGCUGCUAUAUUCAAAAGGAACCAGUAGGUGUUGUCUUGAUUAUUGCUGGAUGGAGUUUACCAGUGCAGCUUUGCCUUAUACCUAUGGUUGGUGCAGUGGCUGCAGGCAACUGUGUGAUGGUGAAACCUUCAGAAACCUUUUUCCACACGGCACACUUGCUGCACACGCUCCUCCCCAAUUACAUGGAUAAUAGCUGUUUCCAAGUGCUUUCUGGAGAACACGGGGAUCUUCUGGAAAUUCUAGAGAACAAGUUUGACCAUAUCUUCUUUAUAGGUGACCGUUUGACUGGCAGGCAGGUAAUGCAGGCAGCAGCCAAACACAUUACGCCGGUUUCUAUGAUUCUUGGAGGAAAAAAUCCCUGCUAUGUGGACAAGUCAUGCGAUCUUAAUAUGACUGCCCAUAGGAUUGCCUGGGCUCGAUUUAUAAAUGCUGGUCAGAAUUCACUGGCUCCAGAAUAUGUUCUGUGUCAUCCAGGUUUAAGGGACCCUCUGAUCCAGGAACUUGAAUUGUGUGUCCAUGAAUUUUAUGGCAGAAACCCACAAGAGUCUGAGCAUUAUGGACGCAUAGCAAGUGUUGAACAUUACAAAGAAGUGAAAGAUUUUCUGUCCUGUGGCAAGGUGGCAUUUGGGGGGCAGACUGAUGAUCGCGAACGGUACAUAGCCCCUACAGUACUAAUAGACGUGAAAGAAAGUGAUGCCAUUAUGCAACAAGAAAUUUUGGGGCCAGUGCUGCCAAUCUUAACUGUACAAACACUGGAAGAAGCUAUACAGUUCAUGCAAAGAAAAGACAGACCUUUAGCAGUUUAUGUCUACUCUAAUAGCCAAAAGGUCAUUGCAGAAGUCAUGCAGAAAACAUCUAGUGGAAGCUUCUGCUCAAAUGACAACAUGAUUCAAUGUCUGUACACAGGGUUGCCAUGUGGUGGAAUAGGAAACAGCGGAGUAGGAAUCUAUGGUGGAAAGUUCAGCUUUGAUACCUUCUCACACAGUCGUACCUGCCUGUUGCGCAACACUGCAAUAGAGUGCGUUACUUACCUCCGCUACCCUCCCUAUGCUGAGAAACAGCUCCAUCUCAUACAAUGGGCCAGCUCACUCUCCAGAACAAACACCUGGUGCAACAUUUUGUAA